CGUGACAUCUGGAUCCACGUUGAAGGCUACGGGCGACCAAAUUGAGCAUCCGCGUCCUCAUUUUUUUCCAGCAACUCCAGAGCAAUACAACCACAGAGCUACACAACUACAGAGCUACACAACCACAGAGCAACACAACUACAGAGCUACACAACUACAGAUCAACACAACCACAGAGAAACACAACCACAGAGAAACACAACUACAGAUCAACACAACCACAGAGAAACACAACUACAUAUCAACACAACUACAGAUCAACACAACCACAGAGAAACACAACCACAGAGCAACACAACUACAGAUCAACACAACCACAGAGAAACACAACCACAGAGAAACACAACUACAUAUCAACACAACUACAGAUCAACACAACCACAGAGCAACACAACCACAGAGCAACACAACCACAGAGCAACACAACUACAGAUCAACACAACCACAGAGAAACACAACCACAGAGAAACACAACUACAUAUCAACACAACUACAGAUCAACACAACCACAGAGCAACACAACCACAGAGCAACACAACCACAGGACAACAUCACAAUACACAACAACUGCAGUACACAAUAACAGUCCACAAACCUACACAACUACAGUACGCAACAACUCUACACAACACUCCUACAAAACACAACUACUGUACACGUAACUGCAGUCCACACAACAACAGUACACACAACAACACAACAACAGUACAGUUUAACACGUGGCCGGCUUUCGCGAUCAAUAUUAAUAAUUAUCAACGUUUUUGGGUUUAGAUGGCGUUAUUUAUAAGUGUCGUAACCCUCCACCACCCGACACGGCCAAUCAGCAAAAAAGUGUCACGUUGACUAAAGACAAAAUAGUUCACCGCUUUAGCCCACCGGUGUGUUGAAGCGUGAAACCACAACAUUUACAAAACAUUUUUUCUUUUACACAACAACACAGCAACAAACACAACUACACAACAAGCGACUUGAGUACACAGCUGCACACAACGACCUCACAGAGGGACACAAUUCACACACAUCAGCACAAACUCACACUUGCUUCAAUCACACACCCACUGUUAACACAAUCGCACUCUUACCAACACACCACCAACACACGUUUAUUCACAAUCACACACACUGCUAAUACACUUCCAAUACACUACCAUACUAUACACUAUGAACACAAUCACUCACACUGCUAACACACUACCAUACUAUACACCACUAACACAAUCACUCACACCACUAACACACUAUGAACACAACCACUCACACUGCUAACACACUACCAUACUAUACACCACUAACACAAUCACUCACACCACUAACACACUAUGAGCACAACCACUCACACUGCUAACACACUACCAUACUAUACACCACUAACACAAUCACACUACUAACACACCACUAACACAACCACUCACACUACUAACACACCACUAACACACCACUAACACACUACCACUCACACAACUAGUCCACUAAGCAGGCGACUGACACGGUCACACCCCAUGAUCACUGCCGCACCCCGGAGACGCUGAUCCCCCCCCCCCCACACUCGGAGCGAGACGCAGGGGAGGUGAGAUGGCGGAGCGGUGCCACGCUGGUCUCGCUCGCGCUCUCGGGCUCGCCAGGACCGUCGUCGCGUCCGUGGCGCGCUGCUGUUGCCCACCUGGCCGUGUGCGUGGGCUGCUGCCCCCGCUCGCGUGGCUGCCAGGCUACACGCUGCGCUCUGCGCGCAUGGACUUGGUUGCAGGGCUCACCGUGGGCCUCACCGUGGUGCCUCAGUCCCUCGCCUAUGCACAGGUGGCCGGCUUACCUGCGCAGUACGGCCUCUACUCGGCCUUCAUGGGCUGCUUCGUGUACUGCCUGCUCGGGACGUCGAAGGACGUGACGCUGGGCCCCACGGCCAUCAUGUCACUCGUUGUGUCGGUGUACGUGCGCCGCGACCCCGUGUACGCCGUGCUGCUCACCUUCCUGUCUGGCGCCAUCCAGCUGCUCAUGGGGAUCUUCCGUUUGGGUUUUUUGGUCGAAUUCAUCUCCCUCCCUGUCUUGAAAGGAUUCACUUCCGCUGCUGCAAUAACGAUUGGAUUCAGCCAAAUUAAGACACUUCUCGGACUUAAAGACAUCCCUCAGCAGUUCUUUCAGGAGGUGUAUUACACGUUUUCCAAAAUCGCAGAGACCAGACUGGCGGAUGCCUUGCUGGGCGGGAGCUCCCUUCUGCUGCUCAUCCUCCUUCGCCUGAUUGCCGCACGGACCCCCUUCCCACCGCCCAUUCCUGUCUCCGUUCGUAUCAGCAACAGCAUCACCUCUAUUUUCGGGACAGUGCGCAAUGCGGUGGUCGUCCUGGCCGCCGCGCUCGUGGCGUUUGCCUGCGAGAGCCAGAGGCUGCAUCCCUUCACCCUCACGGGGCACAUUGCCCAGGGCCUACCCCCGUUCCACCCUCCUGCCUUCUCAGAAACCAAGGAAGGCACAUUCAUCCCUUUUUUGCAGAUCGUCAGGGAUCUGGGGUUGGCGCUGUUGGUCAUUCCGCUGCUGGGCUUCCUGGAGAGCAUUGCAAUCGCUAAAGCGUUUGCAACGAAGAACAUGUACAGGAUCGAUCCCAGCCAGGAACUGAUAGCAAUAGGCCUCACCAAUGUUCUGGGUUCCUUCACCUCUUCCUACCCCGUCACAGGCAGCUUUGGCAGAACCGCGGUGAAUUCCGAGACGGGUGUGGCAACACCCGCAGGCGGCCUUGUUACAGGAGCUGUGGUGCUGCUGUCGCUCGCCUUCCUCACGCAGUGGUUCUACUUCAUCCCCAAGGCCGCCCUCGCCGCCGUCAUCAUUUGCGCCGUGGCGCCGCUGUUCGACUGCCACAUUCUGUGGAGGCUUUGGAAAAUAAAAAAGUCAGAUGCAUUGGUGUUUGUGCUGACAUUUGGGCUGUGCCUGUGGGAGAUCCCGUAUGGGCUGCUGGGAGGGGUGGUCGCAUCUCUUCUGCCCCUCCUGUACCCACUUCUACGGCCACAUCUCCACGCGACGCGUGUGGAGGCAGCUGUGCCGGCCUCGGGGGCCCUGGUGGUGGAGCUGCAGUGCGGCCUGUGCUUCCUGGCUGUGGAGCACCUGCGCGACGAGCUGCUCGCCCUGCAGGCGCCUUGCUCUGCCAUCUCCGGGCCCUGCUCGGCCCCACGGCCGGUGGUGCUGGACUGCAAGGCCGUGUACAUGCUCGACUACUCGUCCGUCUGCGUCCUGCGGGAUCUGCUGCUCAACUUUCACAGCAGAGGCUCCCACUUGCUGCUUGCCUGUCUGCAGCCGCAAGUUCUUGACGUCCUGUGUCGUUCCGAGGUUGACUGCGAGCCAUUUGCAAGUGUGGAGAUGGCAGAAACGUGGCUGUCAGAACAAGAAUGCAAAGAAGAGAGAAUAUUACAUUGAGUUACUGAAGAAAUUGUUUUAAAUUUUACCCUGGAACACGAAACUUUUAUACAUUAUGUUUUAUUGUGUAUACAUCUAGAAGCUAAUCUUUUAAUGUAAUGUAUUAACCUGUGAGACUGUGUGAUGCUGAAACAUUUUUGCACAGAAAUUACACAAAAGCUGCAACAACAUUCUUGUCACUGUCGAUAUUACUGUAAAAUAAAGGUAAGCUUAUGGCUAAGGCCAAUGCAAUUUGUUUGUGCACUUUGCCUCCUCGAGACGAAAAUUAUGGGGCAGUUAUGGGGCUGUUGUGGAGAGAGUGGAGUAGUUCCCAUACCUGGGCAGUGUGCAUAUGACCAGCUCUGGUUUGGCAGCAGAGGUGUCACUCCGAAUCAGUCAAGCAGCAUUAUCAUUUCAUCAGCUCCAAAAUGCUGUGUGGAAUCUGCCUGGUCUGUCUCUCCUUACAAAGCUCUUGGUCUUCUCGUCCAGUCAUGGUGUCCCUUCUCUAUGCUUGUGAAAUGUGGACCCCUCUAACAGACCGUCGGCACUGGUUAGAAACAUGCAGACUGGCCUGUCUACGAUUCAUCCUGGCUUUAUCCAAAGCUCUGCCCCCCCCCCAAAUAAAACAUG